AUGAACAAACCACUUGAACAACAUGCAGAAUCCUAUAUUUCUAUGCAAACAAUCAUUACUUCGAAUACUCAAACUUAUCAGCAACUUAAUAAUCUACCAACACAAAACUACUCUCCGAUUGCACCUCAAUAUUUACAGAAACCGCCUUUACUAAAACAAAAGCACAGCAAAUCUUUUGAAGAAAAUAAAAACUUUCAUCAAUUAUCUGUACAAAAUAAUUUACAAGAACCUUCUUAUUCACCAAAAAAUAAGCGCACUAAAUCCCCUGCACCAGAUACCAGAAAGGAACCUCAACAAACCCAGCAAACUCCCUUUGGUUAUAAUUGUAAAGAACCUGGACAUUUCAAAAAAAAUUGUUCAAGAAAUCAGUCUCUUAAACAUACACAGCAAACCCAGCAAAUGCAACAAACUCAACAAAUCCAGCAAACUUCUGUUUGCUAUAAUUGUAAAGGAUCUGGACAUUUUAAAAAAAAUUGUCCAAGAAAUCAAUCUCUUCAACAUACUCAGCAAACCCAGCAAGCACUACAAACACAGCAAAUGCAACAAAUUCAGCAAAACCAAAAAACUCUUUUUUGUCAUAAUU